UGUUCACCUUCACCAGAUUUGACAGCCGACAGCCAAGACCUUCACACCUUUAAGCGAAGAAAAAGGGUCAGUCACCGCCCAUCCGAAUUACAUACAAGUUCCGUAAGCCAAUUGACUGGGCAUACCCCCAACGGGGCCUUUGCCUGGUUGAUCAAUUUGGCGUUUCGGCCGAUCGCGUCACCCUGAGCGGCAAAGACGGAACGGAAGUCGCUGCCGAGGCGGCGUGCGCCAAGUCAUGUGUAUGGGGUUAAACUCGGCAGGCGUCGUAAGCAAGCGAAAUUGAAAUCACGAACCAGAAACUGCAGCUAGCGUCCCUGGCACCCUUCGUGCCGCAGCCGGCGCGGCUCCUUUAUGCUAAAAUUCCUACGGAGAACAAACAAAAAGAUAAAGCAAAGGGGGCUUGGUUUGGUUUGUUGCCGUCGCCGUUGCGAAGAAUCGGGGAUUUUGCCAAUUUUUUAUUAUUAUUUAUCAUUUGUUCUCUUCUGGUUAUUAUUUUGUCAUUUUAUUUUUGGGCUUCGUCGCAUUCGCUCGUGCAGUAAUCAUUUUGGAUUGCUAGCCUUGCUCGAAUGUUUGUAUUUUCCAGGCGAAUGAAUCGCCUUUCCCAUAGGACACCACGAAACAUAGCGCGCGAUUGAUUGAUUGACAGACGGAGAAACAAGAGGAGGAAAAAGGAAACAAAAAGCAGAAAAAGAAAAUCAAAAGGCCUGGUCGUCGUCACUGGCCAAGACUCGACCAUGCGACGCCUACCACUGGCCGCAGCACUGACCGCGCUACUGCUGCAAUCAAUUCCAGGUGUCGUCGCUGCCGACGACCCUCCAAAGGACGACCCCGCAACAUGCUCAAAUGUCACCAUCUCGAGUGCAGGUGACGCUCGCCACAUCGCGAGGGCCUGCACCACCAUCGUCGGCGAUCUUCACCUGUCGCCGGACCUCAACGAAACCGUUGCCCUAAAUGGCAUCGAAAAGGUCACCGGCAGCGUCCUCUACAGGGGCCGCUGUCAGUUUCAAGGAUACACAAACCUGCCGACUCGGAGCUCUGCCGAUCAAUGCGGUGACAUACCCGAGCCCUUCUCGCUGCGGAGUACGUCGCUGCGCGCAGUCGAAGGCAACUUUACCAUCAACACGUGGCUGGGCCUGAGCAACAUUGAAAUGCCACACCUGCAGCGAGUCAGGGGGGAGUUUAACCUGCGGAGCCUAAUGAACCUGACCCAGCUCGACGUCACCCGCCUGGCGCGCGUCGGCGACUUCAACCUCGAGGCCCCUUUGCUGCGGGACCUCAAGCACGACGGCCUGGAGGGCUUCACCAAGGUGACGGCGAACCUCACCGUGCGGUCCGCGGACCUCGAUUCGCUCGACAGCCUGCUGAGGCCGCGCACCAAGCCAGUCGACAAGUGGCCCGAGCCCGACGACUGGCCGCUGUUCCGCACGCCACAGUCGGUCGCGCUCUACACUGAGGACAUGUCGAGGCUGGCCAACAUGACCGUCGCGUGGCCGAAGCUCGUGACGCUGUCCAUCAACCCGAAUUUUGUCAACGAGACGGUACUUGGGGCCGGAGUGGCCCCGCGCCUCGUGCUCGGCUCGGCCGAGGGGAACUGGACGACCAUGUCGAUCCAGGAUUUGGUUAUCCAGGGCGUGGAGUCGCUCGAGCUGCACUCGUCGCUGACGGGGGGGUUGGUGGAUGGGCGCAAGUUUCAGCUGGCGUGGACAAACACCCAGGGUAACUUCAAGGUUCCGUUCAGCAACUUGACCAUCCUAGACGUGUUUGGCAACGACAAGAUGGAGUCAAUCGAGCUGCCUUCCUCCGGGGGUAUGGUGCAAUACCUUGACGAGCUCCAGCUUUCCGGCAAGGGGUUACUAGUCGACAGGCUCGUCUGGCCCAAGGACAACAUGUCCACGGUGAAGCUGACGGGGAAGAUCCAGGAGGCUGCAUUCGAUCCAUUUCUGCAAGACAGGAAUCCAGCCGACGUCAACUCGACGACCAGACCUCUGGUGAAGGACUUUGCAGUCACGGGACAUGCAGGGUCCAACUUCAGCUGUGAGCCGUUUGACAGGCUAAAGGAGCAAAAAGUCAUUACGGGCGAGUACAGAUGCUCAAUCCAAAGCGCCGCCUCGCGGUCAGUGUCGGCGACCUUCUCAACUACGACGGUGCUAGUGACAGUCAUGUUUCUGCUGCUGAGCUGAGCGGGAACCCAGCCCAGGUAGAGAAUAAUGAUAAUGAUACCAUUUAUAAGUCAUUUGGUUGUUUUUUUGUGUUUUCGGGCAUCAUCUUGGCAUACCCCAGUUUUUGCAUCACUUAUUUUGGUCUUUUGUUUUCUCUGUUUUUAUUGUUUGCAGGAUUCCCACUCGAGCGACCUUGUUGAAUACCUAGUUUGUUUAGUGAGAACAUUUCGUCAAUACCAACAAAAAGAAGCCCGCUACACCUAUUACUGAUCCGCCUUUCAAACUGGAGGUUUGCUUGCUGUUUGGUGCUAGGUAGCUCUAGGCGCUAGUGAGGCCUGAUCGAAGCAAAAUCAUGACGUCACUUGAUGCGCGUCACUUCCGU